AUGGCCAUGCCGAGCCCUCGAGACCCACGGCUCUUGAGGAGCGACUUCUCCACGUGCUUGACACCAGAGGCCGUGGACUCAUCAGGCCCUUCGAAGUAUCCCAGUGGCGCGGUGCGCUUCGCCGUCGAGGGCCGAACCUUGCAGGCAGACAAGUUCCUCUUGGCGGCUCGCUCCGAGUACUUCGAGCGGAUGCUGCGCACCGGGAUGUCCGAGGGUGCAGCCUUCGAGGUGCCGAUCCCCAGGGCCUCCGCGCCGGCCUUCGAAGCGGUGUUGCGCUUCAUUUACUCUGCGGGGCAAGCUGGACAGGCCCUGUUCGAGGAGGCGGAUCCAUUGGAAGUCCUCCACUUGUCUGUGGAGUUUAUGCUGGAGGACUUGACGAGGCUUUGCGAGUGGAAGAUCAUGCAGGGCCUGACGCUGGACAAUGCCUUGAUCACCUUCGGCUCCGUCGUGUCCGUGCGAAGCAAGGUGCCAACUCUCGUGAAGGCGUGCGUCGAAAGGAUGCAAGGGCAGCUGAGAGAUGUCGUCGGAUCUGAGUCCUUCAAGGAGCUUUGCCGGAGUGAAGUGGCAGUGCAGGAGUUGCUGCUUUCCUUUGAUGAGCCACUGGCGAAGAGAAGACGCAUGUUGUCUGGUGCGAGGACUGAUUGA